AUGGCCUCUACCACCCUCCGCUCUAUCGUGCUCGCCUCUGCCUUUGCGGCAGUGGCAGUCGCUGCCCCCGUUGCGAACGAGAGCCCAAUCGAGGGAUACGCCAUCGUCCCCGCCACCUGGGAGCUCGACGGCCCGGAUGGUCAGGUCAUUCAGCUCAACGGCACGGUCCAAGAGGUCGUGGCCCAGCUCGAUGUGAUCGUCCCCAACUCGCGGAACAAGCUCAUCGCCGACAUCGCCACCGCCUCCGCGAGCGCUGCCGAAGCGUCUACGCUGGAGAGGCGCUACGACGAGGAAAGUCUGCACUGCUUCGUCUCCCCGUGGGGCAAUGGCUAUGUCGAUAGUAUCCAGGACGGUAUCAACUACCUGAACAACGUCCCUGGCCGCCCGUGGCACAACCCGGGACCCGGCAAUUGCGCUAGGGUGUCCUGCUCGUACCGAUCCGCCAUCUACUGGUGCAACGACAACAGGUUCCGCAAGGAGCUGAACAGCUUCAAGGACAUCGCCCACGGCGCCGACAGAAUCAAGAACACAUGCCGGCGCCAGGACGGCGUGGGGUCGCUCGUUACCAACGGCCAGAUCUUUUACACGGACGGCUGGAACGUCAUCGUCCGCAGUGACAGCUGCUAAGUCAGUCCGGAUGGACGCCCAGGGCUCCCGGGAGGACAGACUUUGGAUAUUGUGAACUCUUCAUUUGGUUUGCGUGUUCUCCAAGGGAGCCAGUGGCCAUCCACAUAACAAAACGUGGCAAGAUAGCUCCUUAGAUAGGGGCUGAGGUUAGGGACA